AUGUUAGGGAGGUUUGUUGUGGGUACUGUUGUUGGCUUUGGCUGCUCGUUGUCGUCUGCGUGGUGCGAGUCACCGAGUCGCAGCGGCAUAUUGCCGGAUGGCCUGAAGAAUUUUUCUUUGGAUGGGAUGCCUAUUCCGAGGAAGGAAGAGCUGGAGUAUGUGAAGACUUGGGGUGUGCCUUGGGUCGAGGAUUGGGAUCGGCCUGGCGCUCGUGGUAUUCGUGCCGACCGCCGCGGCUCGUGUAGGCGGCAGAUUAUAUUGGUUCGUCACGGUCAGUAUCAGUGUGAGGAUUCCGACGAUGAUCGUGUUCGCACUCUCACAACACUUGGGGAGCAGCAGUCACGACUGACGGGGGAAUAUUUGGCCAAUGCAUUUCAGCAGAAACGUCACCAAAUGUCNGAGAAGGCAAAGCAAGGUGAUGCCGCGCAGAUUGAGGCAGCUGGCAUGUCUGGGGAAGACGCGGCGGUUUCGUCAAGUGUGACUGUUAAUAAUUUGGGAGGGUUAUUUGUCAUGCCGGAGCCAAAGUUUGUCCAUGUCUCCGAUAUGACACGUGCACAGCAGACAGCCAAGCUAAUUCUCGAGGCAUUUCCGCCAAGCAUUCGCCGGCGACUGGCGACAGACGCCACAUUGCGCGAACGGUACCCAUGCGACCCAGAGCCACCACGCCGACACAGACACGCAAGUUACAGCGACAUGCAGGCGGUGGAGAAGGUGUUUGAGAAGUACUUUCACCGUCCGACGGGGGAUGAGUCUUCCGUGGAGAUUAUUGUUGGGCACGCCAAUGUGAUUCGCUACCUGGUGUGUCGUGCGCUACAACUGCCACCAGAAGCAUGGCUGCGGAUCUCCCUUCCGCAUUGUAGCAUUACAAGUAUCGUUAUUCGCGGAAGUGGGCACGUUAGCCUCUCCUGUUUGGGUUCUGCCGGACAUCUGCCGGUGGAUAUGGUUACAACACGGAAUAUUGCUUAG